AGCCGUUGCUUUGCCCGUUCUGGUUCAACCACUCUAGCUCCCGUCACUCUCACUGCACUGCCGCCCCACCUGAGCUGACCACCCCCAUAUAACUGAUCCCGCUGACACCGUGACACGGCAACGCACUCCCAAGCACGUACGGGAACCAGCCAGCUCGCGCGCUAGCUCGGGUGUCAGUCAUGCCGAUGCCAGCGCCCGCGGGGAGCGGGUGGCCACGCCAGGGCGAGCACGCCGCGCGGUGCCGGCAGCGCGAGGAGUACGCGGCGCGCCGGGCGCUGUUCCUGCAGACCUACCGGCUGUCCGCGCCCGGCGAGGACGACGACGAGGAGGCGGCCGCGGCCACGGGGCUGCGCGGGCGGGCGGCGCGUCUGCUGCGCGAGGCCCGGGUCGCCGGGAGGGCCGCGGCCGCGCGUGCGGCGUGCCGGGCGUGGGUGGCCGGCAGGGCGUCGGCCGCCGGUGCGGCGUCCCGUGCGCGGUCGUGGCUCGGGGCGGGGCUGGGCAGUGCGUGGCGCGGGUGGACGCGAAGGCCCCUGCUGCGCGCGCGCGCGCACGGGCACGGCCACCUCCACCACCGGUCCUCCUUGCUCGGGUGCUUCGGCGGCAGGUACCGCUACCUGCAGGGCUUCGCGUGACGAGCGCACCGUGCCCGCGCGGCGCGGUGGCGUGGACACGUACUCACACAGCACCGUACGAGCUACAGUAUAAGUACAUACUUGCAUGUCCGUGUACCGCAGUACCGGUGCACCGUGCGCGCACGUGGUCCAGAGCGCGACCACGGCAGGGAAAAUGGGCAACGCACAUGCGAUCGGGGAGCUGCACGUGGUAUGGUUAAAAGACAUUUUUUGUUUGCGACGAGAAUGUAUGCUACGGUUAAGACCUGAAUUGAAAAGAAAACGAAAAGUUGAUUGAUCUGCCAAGCAGUCGCCGGCCUAUCUGUGAGUCUCGCUGAUCGCACGUUUGACUCGCGGUUGGCACUCGCCGAUACACAAGCACCAGCCUCUCAAGCCGACCCAGCGCUUCUCACCACACUACGAUCGACAAAGAUACGGUGACACCGCCCGAGACGUGCCGGCCGGCCCGAUCGACUGGCAAUGAGCAGCAGCGCGGCCUCCUCUUCCUCCUCUCCGCCGCUGACGCCGCCGUCGCCGCUGCCGGUCAGCGUCGGCCCGGGACGCCGGCCGUACGCAUUCACGCCGUCCCCGUCCGCGUCGCCGCCCUUCUCCCCGCGUGACUUCGACGCCUCGUCGUCGCCGUCGCCGUCGCCGCUGCUAGCGCGGCGGGCGGUGCGGUCCGAGCCGCGGCUGCUGCAUUACUCCGCUUUCUCCAUGGACGCCGCCGCGUCCGCUCGUCGGGAGCAGCCGCCGAGAAGACGGUUCGAUCUCGGAGCAUGGUGUUUUGAGUGGGUGCUGAUGCUGGUGCGCUGCUGCUGCUGCUCCUGGAGGCCGGCGUCCAGGCAGCAACUCUGCUAGUCGACGAUGAGAUGCGACUGCGAUGCCGUUCAUCCCUGCAAAUAUGUGCCAAGCUUGGUGUGGCUGUUUAUUCACGAGUGUUAUGACUUUGCUUUGUCGUUGUUGCGUUUGCGUCACUGUCCGUGCAGAAAAUGUUACGGUAACGGUAAUCAUAACCAGCGAACAUUCGCCGCAAUUUUUGGGCGAAAA